GUGUCUGACGCGGCUGCUCCUGCACAUUAUUUAUUUAUUUCCUCUUUCCUCCCGCCGAGACCCUCCUGUCAGAGCUGCAGUCCAGGGAACAGAGACAGGCUGGAAGCUGCAGGGACUCACAGAAGCAGGGGACACAGGGAGACCCCCUCAGGAGCCCCCGCCCCGCUCCUCCCCACAGGGGCCAUGAGCACCAGGCAGGAGGCCAGGAGAGACGAAGGAGACACCAGGAGGGGACAGGAGGCAGAGCUUCGGGACCGAGCCCACCUGAGCCAGCAGCGCCGACUCAAACAGGCCACCCAGUUUCUGCACAAGGACUCUGCUGACCUGCUACCCCUGGACGGCCUCAAGAGGCUCGGCACCUCCAAGGACUUGCAGCCGCACAGCGUGAUCCAAAGACGCCUGGUGGAGGGAAGCCAGAGUCGGCUCCAGGGCGAGUCUCCCCUGGUGCAGGCCCUGAUUCAUGGCCAGGAGAGCAGGAGGAAGACCAGUAGGACAGAGACCCCAGCUCUUCUGGUCAACUGCAAGUGCCGGGACCAGCUGCUUAGAGUGGCCGUGGACACAGGCACCCAGCACAAUCGGAUCUCCGCUGGAUGCCUCAGCCGCCUGGGGUUAGGGACGAGGGUCCUAAAAGCCCCAGGUGGGGACCUGACUCCUGGGCCCCCGACCCAGGUGGAGCAGCUGGAGCUACAGCUGGGGCAGGAGACUGUGGCAUGCUCGGCCCAGGUGGUGGAUGUCGAGAGCCCUGAGCUCUGUCUUGGACUGCAGACUCUGCUUUCUCUCAAGUGCUGCAUCGACCUGGAACGCGGAGUGCUGCGGCUGAAAGCCCCGUUCUCAGAGCUGCCCUUCCUGCCUGUGUACCAAGAGCCCAGCCAGUGACCACAGUCCCAGUCAGUCCCCAGGGGAAAUGCCGUGCCUUGGAGAAAGAGCCGUGUGGGGAACAGGGGCAUUACUGGAGCCGGGUAGCUGGGGACUACUGUGUCUGUCCCUUUUAUCACCACCUGACCCCCGCUGUCCCACUUCUCUUGGUCGGCCACUUUCUUCUCUGCUUCUCAGCAGCUGUCCUACCUCCUAGGAGUUUUCACCAGAGGGCCUAUGAUCCCGGGGUUCUGGUUUCCCUGUUCUCUCUCAUUCCCCUCCCAAGAAGAGCAAAGCCAGAGCAGGACUGCAAGGGACCUGACCCUCCAGGCUUGGCCCUCGGCAUGGUAGGAACUGGCCCGAGUCAAAGGCUGAAGCAACGCUGUCCCCACCUGCCCCCAACUCCACCCC